GCGUGAGAGAGAGAGGGAGCCAGCUAGCCGAGAGACUAUGAGUGGAGUUAGCUGUUCAUCCACACAACCAACACACGGCACUGCAGAACUCACAGCAGCUAUUAUCCAUUUAAUCCUCAAAAUUUCAUUUUAGGGGAUUUUUGCCUUCACACGUUGGCGAGCCGAGCCAUUUGUGGGUCAGCCUUGGAGAUGGAGGCAGCCUUGCUGUUUAAGGGUUCAAACUCCAGCACCUGAAACUGAGAUUCAGACACACCCAGAGAGAACAAACAAAGAAAAUUGAAUACCUUUUUAAAAUAGACCAAACAGACAUUAAGAGAGCAGGGGAUUUUAAUCAGCUGUGGGAGAAACCGAAAAGUCCAAGGAUAUAAUCAGUUUUGCAUUUAAAUAAUUUAAGCAGUUAUAUAAUUUACCCCUGGAUUCAUACUGUUCUUCAAGUGAGAUUCCUUGAAGACCUUCCAUCCAACUGGGUCUCAUACCUUCUAUGGCAUAUCGUCAAAGAUCUCCAGCUCAGCAGCACGUUGGAGUGAGGACAUUCCCUCCAUUAUACUCUGGACCAGGAGCUGCAUAGUGCAGACUGUCUCUUGUGACGUUACCAUUCCUCAGAGGCUCAGGGCUGACGUCUGGAUUCGUAAAAUGUGAAUACAGAUCACAGACUCAAGGUUUCGCCUUUGAUUCAUGAGGAGUCUAUGACCAUGAACCUCUUGUGGGUCCAAGGAGAUCUUUUCUCAAAGUUGCAACCGAGGGAUUGAACAGUUAACGACAAGAGUGGCUUUGGAUCAUUCAUUUUCCCAAAUUGAAAAGACCACAGGAAUAUAGAUGAAAAACCUGACUGUUUCCUCCUUUCCCAACUCUUCUGUCUUUUUGUGGCUGAGUGCUUCCAUAAAGAGCAAUGAAAACAGAGGUGACUAGAACUGACGUGCAAUUGCUGAUUGCAUUUGAAACUAAUGGCAGCUACUAGUCACUCCUAGACACUUCGCCAAAGUCAGCUACUGCGCCUGGAAUAAUAAUGUCCCGUGUCAGCCUCUGGGCAACGAUUGUUCUAUUGGCCCAGCUCGGAAAGGUCUGCGGGGAUUGUUGGCUGAUCGAGGGGGAGAAAGGCUAUGUUUGGCUAGCAAUCUGCAGCCAGAACCAGCCCCCUUAUGAGGCCAUCCCUCAGCACAUCAACAGCACCGUGCUGGAUCUCCGGCUCAAUGAGAACAAGCUCAAGCUCCUCCUGUACAGUUCCCUCAGCCGCUUCGGCAACCUGACCGACCUGAACCUGACGAAAAAUGAGAUCAGCUACAUUGAAGACGGCGCCUUUUUGGUUCAGUCGAACCUGCGCGUGCUGCAGCUGGGCUACAACAGGUUGACCAACCUGACCGAGAAUAUGCUCCGGGGCCUCACCAGGCUGGAGUACAUGUACGUCCAGCACAACCUGAUCGAGAGCAUCUCGGUCAACAGUUUCUGGGAGUGCCCCAACCUCAUCAGUAUUGACCUGUCUGCCAAUCGGUUGGCGAAACUGGAGAGCAACACCUUCACCAGUCUCAGUGGCCUUAUGGUGUGUGAGCUGGCGGGCAAUCCUUUCAAUUGCUCCUGCGACUUGGUCGGUUUCUUGAAUUGGCUCGCCGAGUUCAACAACGUCACCAAAACCUACGACAGACUUCAGUGCGAGAGCCCGGCGGAGUACGCUGGCUUCCCUCUCCUGAGCCCGAGGCCCAACAGCAACCUCAACGCCAUCAGUCUCCUCGCUUCCUCCUGUCGGAAUGGUGUGAAAGUCGUCCCGUUUUCCACGCCCGUGGCUUCUAAAGAUCCCGAAGCCUACUCGUCGGGAAUCAACCCGGCGGAAUUUUCCUCCACCGAGCCCAUCACGGCGUACACCCUGGACACGUCGAACAGCCCCACCAUUAAGCUGCACCAUGUCACCAUCACCGGGGCAACGCUGGUGGUUCAGAUCCCCUCCCCCUACAGCAGGAUGUACAUUCUGGUGCAAUACAACAACAGCUACGUUUCUGAUGUAACAAAUCUCCGCAACAGGAAGGAAUACAUUAAGCUGGAGAAGCUAAAGGCGCACACGGAUUACACCUUCUGCGUGGCUUCCAUCCAGAAGUCCCAGAGGUUCAACCACACCUGCUUGACCUUUGCGACAAGAGGGCGUAUGAUAACCCAACCGUCCAACUCUUCCACCACCACCCAUUACAUUAUGACGAUCCUGGGCUGCUUGUUUGGCAUGGUCAUUGUCCUGGGCGUGGUUUAUUACUGCUUGCGCAAGCGAAGAAUUCAGGAGGAGAAGCAGAAGUCUAUCAAUGUCAAGAAGACCAUCUUGGAGAUGAGGUAUGGGCCAGAGUCAGAAACGAGCAGUAUGAUUCACUCAAUGCAGAAGUUCCACGAGCAACCUAUAUCAGUGUCUCGGAUGUCCUCACUCCCCUCUGUGUCUGGGGAGAAGGCACAGUUCAAGCCGCUGGAAGUCAACGAGACACCGAAAGCCACCAAGGGGAACUAUAUCGAAGUCCGCACAGGGGAGGCUGCUGACCGUAAAGAGGAGGAAGCAAAGCAGGCAGAUAAUGGAGACGGCUCAACAGCGGAAAUCUCCACCAUCGCCAAAGAGGUGGACAAAGUCAACCAGAUCAUCAACAACUGCAUCGACGCCUUGAAGCUGGAUUCUGCGGCUUUUAUCGGCGCCGACUCCGAGAUGUCGAUCGACCGCCAAAUCACGCCGAGCACGUCGUCCUCCCAGCUGGAGAGGCCGGGCUUCCUGUCGCCGACUUACAAAGAAGGAGGUUACCCGUUGCAGCGGCAGAGCAGCGUGGACACCACCAAGAAACGCUGCAGCAUCUCGUCCAGCGGUUCAGGCAAGAGCACCCGUGUCUACAGCCUUGACCUCCCCGACCAGGUGUCCAAGACGGAGGCCAAGUACAUCGAGAAGAGCAUCCCCACCCCUACGCCUUUAAAGCGUCUUCCGUCAGUGGCCCAGGGAGAAAUUCAUCGUCUGGAGGUACAGCAAACCUACCACUGCAGUGAACAUCGCCACUCCUUCCCUGCUUUGUACUAUGAAGAACACGGGGACACUGUAAGCCAGAGGUCCACACUGUUAAAGCCACUCUCCCGUUCCAAAAGGGACUCCGCCUACUCCCAGCUCUCCCCCAGGCACCAGUUCUCCGGAUAUUCCUCCAGCCCGGAGUAUUCGUCGGAAAACAGUCACAAGAUCUGGGAGAGGUUCCGCCCCUAUAAAAAGCACCCUCGGGAGGAGGUGUACCUGGCUGCUGGCCACGCCUUGCGAAAAAAAGUCCAGUUUGCUAAAGAUGAAGACUUGCACGAUAUUUUAGAUUACUGGAAAGGUGUUUCUGCUCAGCAAAAGUUGUGACUGAGCUUAAGACUGAAUUGAUAAGUUUACAAAAAAAAAGAACAAACAAAACAAAGAAGGAUUAAUGGGUCCUUUUCAUUUAUUAAACAUUUAUAACGUCCCAUUUUAUAAGCCACAGUCCAGAAAUCACCCUUAAAAUGUUUCAUUACCAGUUCUUGAUCGCUCCCUCCCACCCAACAUUCCCUUCAGUAUCCUCCUAUUAAUCCAGGCAUACUUUUUACAUUAUAAUAUUUAAUUCACUUGAUAAUGUUAAUAAAGCGUUACAAAUUGAGGGGGACUUUUAGCCAUCACUGAACAGGCAUGAUCGAGGUAAUGAGAAUGAAAUCAGGAAUCUAUUUUUUUUUGGGAGAGGCCUUCCUUUGGGGGUAUGAAAAAAAAACCCUCAUUUCUGUCAGCCAGUGAACGCUAGGACGUGUUUCUAGGGAAUUUCCUGAUCAGUGUAAUAUUAGCAGGUUCUCUUCACAUUCCUCUCUACAUUGUGUUAGCAGAGACAUUAAUUGGGAUGAGUACAUUGUUAAAGCAAUGACCAUCAGGCUUCCAUAACCUGUAGAUCUACCAACAUUGCAGCACCACAUUUGCAGCCCGUUGACCUUGUGAUCUUGGGUGAACAUCUCCCUUGCCAUUCUGUCAGAGAUGGCUUGACCACAUUCCGGCCACCCCUUCCAGAAAGCACCUGUUUUUGUUGAUUUCCAUUGACUUAAUGGCCAAUCUUACAGGAUAAACAAUGGUGUAGCUGUAAUAUAGCUGGGCUUGUACUAUCAGGGGCAAGAGUUCAAAUCCCACCAUGCCAUCUGGUGGAAUACAAAUUCAGUUCAUAAAUAAAGAUGAAAUAAAUGCAUCUGAAAUUGGAAACUUAUCUCAGUGAUGGCCACAAUGGCAAUUUAUUGUUGAAUGAUGUUGACCCCAUCACUCAUGUCCUUUGGGGAAGGAGACCCACUAUCCUUCCCUGGUCUGACCUCUGGGUGACUCCAUAUCAAUGGUUGACUUUUAACUUCUUCAUGCAACAAUCCACAAAACCAUUCAGUUCAAGGGUAGUUAGGGGAUGGGGCAUAAAUGCUCCAUGUCCUAUGAAAGAAUCAAAGAAAAAUCUACAAGUUAAAUGACUAUCCACAUUUCAGGCUGAGUUUGACAGUAAAAAGUCCCAGUCAACAAGUGAGACACCUAAGGCACGGUUAAUAGAACUCUCUCCUUAAGAUAACCUAGAACUGAGUUAGUUUUAAAUCCUGUCUGAUUUUAUUCUCCAUUGAAGAAAGAGGUAAAUACUGGGUCAUUGUAAAACAGGUGUUCUACUCAAUCCCAUUUGGGCUCCCACAUGGUCAGUUAGAUUAAAAUAGCCCCUAUUAUCUUAGAUUGAUGAGCACCCUCCCCACCAAUUCCUGACAGCAUUCCAGCCCUAUGCAUCUUAAUAAAAUCUAUUGAUGGCCGCCAAACUGAAAUUUCCAUUUGCUGUCCAAAAACAUUCAUAAAAUGUAUUUCUCAAAAACGUUAACACAAAACUUAUUCUUGGACAAGCAUUUAGUUGUCUUGUUUCUUAACGCAGUGUUAAGCCAGAUGUUUGUAGAUUCAAGGUCCAUUCCUCAUCUUCAGCACAUGGUUUAGGUUGACAAGUCAGUUCCAAAGGAAUGCUACCUAAUGGAAUUCUGGAUGAGGUAUCAAAUUGAAAUCCCUUGUAAAGUGGAUGUAAACAUUCCUGUGACACUUUUUGAGGAAGUACAGAGUAAACUCUGGACCUUUCCUUUCGUAAUAACAUUUGGAACGGUUUGGAUUCCAUUGUCUACUCUUGGCAAAAGAAUGCCAGGAUAUUAAUACCCCUUUUCAGAUCCAUAUUUGGACCCUGCCACUGUUCCUAUGUUGUUCACAUAGGCAUUGUGCAAUGGAAUGCUCCACUGGGGUGCUGGGCAAGGGGUGUGAGGUAGGGAAAGGGUUAGGAAAAUCUCAUAUUCAUCUCACAUCAAAGAAAGCAUAUCUCCUGUUGACCAUCUAUAUGCUCAUUUGCAAUCCCCCCCUUACAACUGAUAGGAAAGGUGGCAACCAAUAUUUUUAUACUUGUAAUUUUUUUCCCAUAAAAUUGUAAUAAAAUAAUAAAGUUACUAUAUAAAAUGCAAUGUAAAUAUAGCUUUCUAAAAAUCACAUAUGUAUAUCAUUUUGAUGUUCUAAUACCAUGGAAGGUAUCAAGCCUUCUCAUCACCUGACUUGUCACUUCUUGAACCUGUUACAAUGAUAAAGGGCCAAAGGCCCACAGGCAAAUGGAAGACCAUGAAGUAAUUUGUAGUACAAUCAUAACAGUCCAGGCCAGACUGAGGGGAUGAAUCUUUCCACUGCCUGUUGGCUGUGAAGAUGUAAGAUGAAAUGAAAAGACUCAACCCAGACCCUAGUAGGCAUGUGCCAGAGCUACCUCUUAGUCAAUGCUAAUGGGUAGUAAGUUCAGAGUGUCUCUUAGAGAGGCCAUUGAGUAAUUGGCUUAAAAUAUAGAAAAAUGACCCGCUGCUGGAGAAGUGCUCUUUUGAAUUUGGGGUUGGUGCUCGUUGUUCGGGCUGGUGUAGAGGGAAAUUUAUCCUAUGGCCAAACCUGUGCCUGGUCAUGUUUCAAUGCCACCACUGGGUGCCAGAAUGGGCAAGUCUUCCAAAUCUCGGUCACACUAUCUGUCGUCUUGACUAGUAAGAGUUCACUGGGAACAAAAGUGUAUGGUUUGCUAAAACAUUAUGCAAAAUGGAUUAUACCAACAAAUGGAAUCAACGCUAUUUUGUUUCUGUGUGUUUUUUUUUGCAGAAAUAUGAAUCUUUGUAGUCUCUUUAAUUUAUCAAUUGACCUCUCAAGAUAAGGUCAACCUCAACGCACCAGAGCCUAACACUUUAGUCCAGGGCAUGUCACACCUUCAAUGCCCUUCACCACCAGUAAGUCAACUUAAGAAUCUUACUGUAUGAAUGACUUCAAGGCUGUGAAGUAGUGACUGAGGAAGGAAUUGAAGAUUCUGUUUUGAUCUCAGGGUUUUGUGAGGGAUACUACAGGAACUGCAAGAAGUUUGCUUUUUGAUUAUCACCAGGAGUCUUCAAAUGAAUUAUAAUUCUCUGCCAAACAGUCAUUAUGUAUUAUAGCUAUAUCCUGUAGAAAGAAAGACUUUAUUUCAAGAUCAAACAGUCCAGUCAUGGGUGUUCUGUAUCUGCGUGGAAACCUUGUAAAUGUAACUCAAUAAAGAUGGUCGCCCAUGUGGGAGAAAUGCAGUUGUCACGGCAACAGCUGCUGCCAUUUUCCUCACAUUGCUAAGUUUUAUUUAAACCUUUGCUAUGGAGAUGCAUGAAUAAUUGGGAUGAACCAUUUUUCCCUAUUCCCUUUUUGUCAGGCGGUGGGAAGGUUUGCACAGGGAGUAAUCGGAGACCUAGCCCUACCCAAUGGGAGUGUUUUACUUACAAGUCAAAAACUGGUUUGGAAAUUCUGAGUUAAAUUCCACCAAUGGAAGAAAAGAAAAGAGGUGGUGAUCUGUUAUAUCAUCUGGGCACAGACUCUAUAGAAGGUGCAAAUGAGAAGGAAAAGCUUGUUCCCUCUAGUCUUUUUCUGUUACCUUCGAGUCUUCAUUUGUAGGUCCCCCUCAUGGCAGUUGACCUUUUCCCCACUUAAUUUAGUCAAAUAAUUUUUCAGUAACCUGUUGAUUAACUCCUAAGAGUCCUUGUCAAUUUGCCCCAACAUGCGUUGAUUGAGUUUAAUUGGCAUGUAUAGUAGAACUUUGCUGAAAGUGAUAAGUACAAGGGCACCUAACUGAGCACAGCGUCUGAACAGGGAACCCCACUUGCUAAAUAGGUUAAACAAAUGCUCAGUCAUAUCUUUCCCCUAACUUGGUUGCAUCUGUGUAUUAAGGAGACAUAGCUCUUCAUUCUACACAUGUCAAGGUGUUACCAUGAGCUUUCUGAUUCAUCUUCAACUAACUUUGGAUAAGGUUAACCCCAUCCUGCUGAAUUUUCUCACACUGUCUACAGAGGGACUGUGUUUCUUUAUAAUCAGGGAUUAUUGACCAAAUAAGAUUGUAGUCUAUUAAAUCUCUUUGCUUAGUGAUAUUUCAUAUUCCACUUUAUUUUGUUCUCGCAUUUCGGAAUAUGUUAACUGUUCACGGUACAUUUCACAGUGAAGUGUCAAAUCAGCACAGAACAAUGUAGAGCAGUUGAAGCAUCAGUCAUUUAUACAGAAGAAUAAUCCCAUUCAUAUUACCUCGGUGUUGGCGGACAGAAGAAUAAUAUGGCUGGAUUUGCUUAAUGUUGGUAUCUACACUUGUACCUGGAAGAUGUACAAAGCCGCACAUAAGUAUUGACAUUCUGUGGUAAUGGAUACUGAACACUUUCAAAUGAGAUUCACUUGUUCAAUAUUUUUAACAGAGAUUUUAAACUAGAUCUUUACCGUACAAAGUUAGGCCAUUCAGUCCAGUGUAUCUGUGCUAAUGCAUACCUGAAACAAUCCAAAACUAAUUUCACUACUCUAUGUUUAUUUGUGCCCUCCUGUCUUCCACCAUUUUGAAUAUUUGCCUGACUUCCUCUCCGCGAUCUCUGCUUCAACUGCUCUCUAGGAAAACACAUUGAGCAGAAGUUAUGUUAGGGUUAUGUAAAACCCUUAUUGGACAUAUUUAGGUAACGCAUUCAGGUGCGGGCUUUAAGAUUAAUAUAUUGGCCUUGGAGAAAAUGUAGCACACAUUCACCAGAAUCAAUUUGGGGCUAAAGGGACCAAAUUAUGAAGAAGUUUGCAUAGAAUGGGUUUCUGUUCUCUCAGGUAUUGUUAUAGGGUGCAAGAAGUUGUCAAGUCAAAGGCUAUGGAAAUAAUCCCGAAAAGUCUGGAGUGAACAGUUCUGCUCCCCUCAUCUAAGGAAAGAUAUAUUGCCAUGGCAGACAGUCAAGACAAGGUUCAGUUGGUUGAUUCCAAGUAUAGAGGGAUUUUCUGAUGAGGGGAAAUUGGGCUUGUACUCCUUUGAGUUUGGAAGAAUGACAGGAGACUUUGGUGAAACGUUUGGGGGACUUGGCAGAGUUGAUGUGUAAAAGUUAAUUCCCCUUGUGGGAGAGCCUAAGACCAGAGAGUAUCAUCUCAGAGUAAUGAUAUAGAGAUGCCAGUGUUGGACUGGGGUGUACA